AUGGUCAAGCACCAUCAUAAAGCAGCAAGCAAAGUCGUUACAGAUGCAUCAGGCAUGAAAAAGACCCUCGACGACAGAGACUCACCUAUAAUUUGGUCAUCUCCUUUGAUAGAUCCGCAGCAAGAUCUCACUGAAGAUGAAAUUAUUAAGCUCUCAACACCCACAAGAAUUGUUGUACCAAGUCAAGAUGAAGAUGGCACCAACUUGCCUCCAAGGCAUAUUUAUACUUAUUGGCUCGAUUUCACCACUUCUCAUAUAAGAAACAACGCUGAUAUGCCUGAAGAGCCAAUGGAUCCUGCUGAAGCCAGAUUUUUAGAGCAGAGAGUCCAAGUCCUUAUGGAGCAGUUCAAAUCAAAUCCUCCUACCAAUGCCACUGUCAAAAUUGACGAAAAGUCCAAAGACUUUAUGGAACAAAUUUGGCCAGUUCUCUCACAGUCCGAAUUUAAAAAUGAAAUUUUAGAUUUUGUUAUAAAAAAAUCAGAGCAAGAAAACAAACUUACCAGAGCUGCCAGAAUAGAAAAUGAAAAAGAAUUUAUUUUAUCGCUUGACCCAAGGCUUGUCCAUCGUGUUCUUUACUUAAACUAUCUGAGAUAUAAUGUUUACGCUAUCUAUAGAAAAUUGAGAUCAUCAGCUCCAAAAAGUGUCCUGUGGAGAAUUGUUAAUAUUUUUAGCAGAAAAGGACCAGGAUUUUUCGAAGAUUUAUUCCCCCUUAAACCCAAGCUGGCUAUUCCAACACAAUUAGAAAGACUUGUUAUUGAGCAAGCUGAAGAUCCAAGGUUUAGGACUUGUUCUCUCCAUGAUCGUGCUAUUAUGAUAAAGCAGCAGACUAAACAAGAAGUGACAGCCGAAACCAUUAAAAAAAUUUUCAUAAAGAACGGCUAUACAAGGAAGCUUACUAAACCACUUGUCCCUGAAGCAAAUAAUAUCCCCCAUAAGAACUCCAGAGUUAAAGUUGUAAAAGCGCUUAUUGACCUGCAUUGGCAGCAUAAAGAAAUUGUUUCUGUUGAUGAAACUCAAUGCAAUAGAAGCUUGCUUAAAAGCUAUGGGUGGGCAAAAGAAGGAGAAACAGCUAUAGUCCAGUCAGGAAGAAUCGGCAAGCCUAUUCAUAUUAUAUGCGCUAUUACCCAGGACAGACUUCUAGGCUAUAUGCUCAGAAAUGAAAGAAUCAAAGGAUAUCCUUACAAGUAUUUCUUAAUGCAAGUUGUAGACAAGCUCAAAGAAAUUGACCCCCUAAACUAUAAAGAAAGGUUUUUCAUUUUUAUGGACAACGCAGGAGCACACAAGAGAAAAAUGGUCAAAGAUUGGAUCGAGCUAGAAGGAAUCACUGUGCUCUGCAAUGCUCCUAUGACUCCUCAGAUCCAGCCUAUCGAGUAUAUCUUUUCAAUGUUCAAAAGAGCUCUAAGGGACAAAUUGCAUUUUGAUAGAGAAAAAUUGAUGGUUCACAUAUUCCAUUCUUUCCGAUCUGUAGCUCAGCAGCAAAUUAAGAUUUAUAAUACCUUUAUCCAUACUUUCAAGUUCUACAAGCCUCUCCUUGAAUAUCAAGAUUUACACACCCAAAAGCAGUUUGCUCCUUUGUUUGACCACUAUGGGAACAAUCCCAUCAGCUAUUCUGCCAUUACAAAAAUCAAGAAAAGCUUUGAAAACGAGAAAAAGGAGGAAGCUCCAAAAGUGGAAGAUAUCAAUGUAAGCUAA